UCAUUAUGAANGUUUGAUAUGAAGAUCCUCUAUCAUAACAGGAACCGCAGGAAAGAGGAAGAGAGAGCAGUGGGAGCGAUGUACUGUGCCAACAUGGAGGAUCUGCUCCAGCAGUCAGCUUUGUGAUGGGGUUGGUGAACCUGUCACCUGCCACCCAGAAACUGAUCGGUGCCAAGGAACUAGCCAUGAUGAAACCUACCAGCACUCUCAUCAACAUCAGUAGAGGCCUCGUUGUAGACCAAGAUGCGUUGGUGGAAGCCCUCCUGAAGAAAGUGAUCCGAGCCGCUGCACUGGAUGUGACUUAUCCUGAACCCCUACCAAUAGGCCACCCCCUUGCUGCUCUUCCAAAUGUCAUCAUCCUGCCCCACAUAGGGACCCACUCCGUUGAGACGACGCAGCUAAUGGUGGAGAAGAUGGUGACCAACGCCCUGGCAGUACUAGGAGGGAACCAUCCUCCUGAUGAGGUCAAGGUGUAGGUCAGAGAAGUUUCCUCUAGGUACAGAUCUAGGAUCAGUUUCUAUUCCCCCAAUCCUAACCUGAACCAUUAGUGGGCAAAAUGCUAAAUAUAAAACCAAAAUCGGCAUCUUGGGGCAACUUCACCCUAUUCCUCAGGAAUCACCCUGGACCCUCCAUGCCAGUUUUAACUAGCAGCCAUGCCUUAGAGCAGGGGUGUCAAACAUACGGCCCCGCACACCAGGGGGUCCAAUCCGGCCCAUGGGUGGUUUGAGUAGCCUCAAAUAUUUAGGAAACAUUCAUACAGUAUCUUGACUGUGUCCAGCUCGCUAAUAAUCCCAGAAAUUAGAGCUACACAGUCAGGAAGCAAAUUUCUAAAAUGAUGGAUAAAGGACUAUUUUUUUUCUCACAUUUUGACGGCAAGGAAAUACAACACUUUCAGUGCGGUCCUCGGGGUGCCCCCCUUCCAGCAUUGGGGAACAUCCCGCGCCAUGUCUAUUUCUAUGGGCACAAGCAAUGUUCAUGACACAAACUGUUCACACCCCUCUUGUUGGUGGAGAGAAUUUUGCAGGUUUAAAGCUUAUUUCCUGCAAUUCAACACAUUUUGUCAUGUGGUGCAAAUAAAAUGUUGCAGUUUUAAAGCAAAAAUAUUCUUGCAAUUCCACACAUUUUGCCAUGUCUAAUGUGUAUACAUGUGAUAUUUGUGGGACAAAAAAAUGACCACAAUAUUUAUGGGCAAAUUUUUUUAAAUUAAAAUAAAACCGUUAGCUGACAUGGGCUAGUUGAUCUGGACAUUUCAGACCAGUUAUACAUACAUAGCUCUCUAAGGUCUGCAAUCACACAUGACAAGAGGAACUGAUGAUGCACCACUCAAUUUCACUUUUGCACCUUGUGCAUUCUACUAUUACAACUUUCAAAAGUAAGUUUAAAGCCAGACUGAAAUAUUUAAAAAAUGGGGGGGGGGGGGGGGGGACCCCUCCCUCCCUCCCUCCCCCUGCCGACCUCUCAGUUUGGGAACCAUUGUUGUAGAAGACCUGCCUUAGAGGGUCCUAACUUCCACCAUCACUGAUCUAGCAGAAUGUGGAAGGAAGGAGGACGAUGGGGUAAAUCUAUCCAGCGGGGAUGAAGGAAAGGAGAGGAGGAAAAUUAGAUAUUUAGUAUUGAGACUUAGCCACCACAAUGCAGCAGUGUCACUAAUCAGAGAAGUCUUCACCAUCCACAUUAAUAAGCACCUAAUCAUAGCUCCGUCCUGGAAAAUUCUAUAGAAGUUAUGACACUAUAGAUAAUAGAAUGUUGGAUAGAAAUGGAAUAUAUUGCUUCUGAAUGGUGAAUAUGCCUUCUCAGACAGUACUUCGAAAUGUACUGUAAUUUAUAUCACUUCAUAUUGACUGUUGAUUGAACUCAUUAUAACCACUGAUUAUAAAGGUUUAGAGCAUUAUGCAUACUGUGUUUCUAACUGCAAAAUAAACAACUUGACACACCAGGUUA